CUCUUCGGGUUUUUUUUUGAAAUAAUUUGGUUAAAUACAAGUAACACCGCCGGAAAAUAAUUACGAUUGCAAUCCUAUGACCAAGGGUUGCAAUUGUAAAAUUGAAUUGAUUCGACAUUGUUUUAUCACAAGACCUAUACUAAAUUUUAGUACUAUUAUUUAGGAAAAUAUAAAAACUUUAAAUUAAAUAUCUACAAAAUUAACAAAAAAGCAAUUUUGUUUAUUAACUAGUUUUUGAUUAAUUAGAAUCCAAGUCAUGUGAUCAUUUCUCUGAAAGAUUAUAUUUCUUGAUUGAAAAUGCAUUGUGUUUGGUUCAUGAUUAAGUAUACAAACCUAAUUUUAGAGAGAUAAUUAUAUAAUAGUAAGUGGUAGAUAUCAUCUUUUACUAAAAUAAUCUUAUGAUUUAAUUCAAAUAGAUCAUCAUAUAUUCUCUUUGAAUCAUUAAAAAUGAUCAAUUAUUAAAAAUAAAAAUAUUUUUAUUUUUAUUAAUUAAUCAGUUUUACUUUAUUCUCUACCUUUGCACGCAAAAUAAAAGGUACAUAAAAUUUCAUGUCAUAUAACAAAAUCUUUGUUAGGACGGUUGGAAUAAUAACAGAAUCUUUGAAUAACAUAGAAGAUGAGUAAUUUAGUAACCGAUAAUGGACAAAAGAAGAGAAAAGAAAUAAAAGAGUUUUUGAGAAGCAAUGUUAAUUAAUGAAUAUGAUCGAAAUUUUAGGGAUUGGCACCACUAAAAUAGAUCGAUAUAAUAGGCUAAAUGGGCUUAAAUAGAUGGGCCGUUUAAAUUUUCAUUUGAAGUAAUGAAAUUAGAAGACUAGGAAGAAGAAAUUUAGGAAGUAUGUUCCCAAAUUAUGGCGGGUUUAUGCAAAUCCAACAUCCAACCGCAUUUUGUCUACAAACCAAACACCACCUUACUGCCCUACGCCGCUCUGCUAUCCUACGCCCUAAGCGCACCAGCGGAAGAAGAAACCAAACAAUCAAAUCAAUGAGGGCCGUGGUUCAGCGCGUAGCUUCUGCUAGCGUUGAGGUGGAAGGCCGCUUGAUAUCGUCGAUUGGGCCGGGCCUGCUUGUCCUCGUCGGGCUUCAUGAGGCUGAUGUUGAAUCUGACGCUGAAUACAUAUGUCGCAAAGUGCUGAAUAUGAGAUUGUUUCCAAACGAAAAAACUGGGAAAGCUUGGGACCAAAAUGUUAUGCAAAAAAAUUACAAAGUUCUAUUAGUUAGUCAGUUUACGUUAUAUGGGGUAUUAAAAGGCAACAAACCUGAUUUUCAUGUGGCGAUGCCUCCCGCUGCAGCUAAAUCAUUCUAUGCUUCUCUAGUUGAAAGAUUUCAGAAAGCUUACCGUGCAGAUGCAGUUAAAGAUGGUGUAUUUGGAGCAAUGAUGGAAGUUAAGUUGGUGAAUGAUGGUCCGGUGACGAUGCAGCUCGAUUCAUCUAAGAAUACAAAUGGUGAUUAGACAGAGAGAUACCUGAGAUCAUAUAUUACAAGAUCUACUUAUUCUUGCACUCAUCUAUGAAGUCGGCCACCUAAACUUAAAAUAUCCCUCAAUGUUACUGUUAUCGAUAUGGUCAGAGCAAACUAACAAAUUGCUAUUGUUUUAUUGAAUACUGAAUUUGGAGUGUUGAAAUUCCUUCAAGCAUGGUACAAUUAGUUAAUUUUCAUA